ACACACACUCACACACACACACACACACACACACACAACUACAUACAAAACACCCACCCAACCAUACACACACACAAACAGACUUUCACUCUCUCUCUCUCUCUCACACACACACACACACACACACACAAGGCAGUGAGGAUCGGCUGCUCUGUCAUGGCACAGAACGGGAUUACAGAGAAUGGAGAGGCUCUGAGUGUGAGUUUGCCACAACCUCAGAAGAUCUCAGAAAUCAAACACACCAAGCUUUUUAUUAAUAACGACUGGCACUGCUCUUCGAAAGAAAAGACCUUUCCUACAAUCAACCCUGCAACAGGUGUGAAAAUCUGCGACGUGCAAGAGGCUGAUAAAGCUGAUGUGGACAAAGCAGUGGAGGCAGCGAGAGCGGCGAUAAAGCAGGGCUCAGCAUGGAGGAGGAUGGAUGCGUCGAGCCGGGGCCGCUUACUGAAUGCGCUGGCUGACCUGCUGGAGAGAGAGCGCAGUCUGCUCGCUACUAUGGAGACUAUGGACACUGGGAAACCCUUUCUGCAGUCAUUCUUUGUUGAUCUGGAAGGAAGCAUCAGAACACUGAGAUACUACGCCGGCUGGGCGGAUAAGAUCCAUGGCAAGACCAUGCCAGUGGAUGAUAAUUUCAUGUGCUUCACCAAACAUGAGCCAGUUGGUGUAUGUGGAGCAAUCAUUCCAUGGAAUUUUCCUCUACUAAUGUUCAUAUGGAAGAUUGCUCCAGCCUUGUGCUGUGGAAACACGGUGGUCAUCAAGCCGGCUGAAGAAACUCCGCUGACGGCCCUCCAUGUCGGCGCGCUCAUCAAAGAGGCUGGUUUUCCUCCUGGAGUGGUGAACAUUGUGCCAGGUUUUGGCCCAACAGCAGGGGCAGCCAUUUCCAGCCACAUGGGCAUCGACAAAGUUGCCUUCACCGGUUCCACGGAGGUGGGUCAGCUGAUCAAAGAGGCGGCAGCAAAAAGCAACUUGAAAAGAGUGACGCUGGAACUGGGAGGAAAGAACCCUUGCAUUGUGUUUGCUGACUCAGACCUGCAGUUAGCAGUGCAGGAAGCUCAGAAGGGUGCAUUCUACAACCAGGGUCAAUGCUGCACUGCUGCCUCACGUGUCUUUGUUGAGGAGUGUGUAUAUGACGAGUUUGUGAGACUCAGUGUUGAAAGCGCUAAGAGAAUCGUAGCCGGGGACCCUAUGGACCCCCGAACAACACAUGGCCCUCAGAUUAACCAGCAGCAAUGUGAUAAUAUCAUGGAGCUGGUGGAGAGCGGGAAGCAUGAGGGAGCAAAACUGGAGUGUGGAGGAAGCGUAAUGAAGGACAAAUCUCUCUUCAUCCAGCCUACUAUCUUCUCAGAUGUCAAAGACCACAUGCGCUUGGCAAAAGAGGAGAUCUUUGGGCCAGUUCAGUGUAUUCUGAAGUUUAAGAGUCAGGAAGAAGUGAUUGACAGAGCAAACAGCACCCACUAUGGCCUGGCAGCAGCUGUGUUCACCCGGAGCAUAGAUCGAGCACUGAGUGUGUCCUCAGCCCUGGAGGCUGGCACUGUGUGGGUGAACUGCUACAAUGCCCUCCAUGCCCAGUCACCUUUUGGUGGUUAUAAGAUGUCAGGGAAUGGGCGUGAGCUUGGCGAGUACGCAUUGGCUGAGUACACUGAGGUCAAAGCAGUCACCAUAAAACUCAGUGAGCUGAAGAUUUGAGAAUCCGUUGUUUGGAGGUGACCCUGGUGAUCACUCAUCCACCGUUCAAUUACCAAGUUACUUGGAAUCAAACGGUCAACAUGACAGACGUUUUGUUUUCUUUGCUGAAAUGACUUCUUAUAUAUCUACAAGCUCUUUAUUUUCCAGUCUUUUUUAAAUCUAUAUAGAUGUUAUGUACAGAAAAAAAUAUUUGUAUAAUGUUUUAUUUAAUCUGAACAUCUUUGUCUCUUUUUGUAAAUCGCUAAAAUCCUCCUCCUGCCUCGCUUUAUGCGAUAGACUGGCUAAAAAUAAAUUUUAUUCCAAAUGCAGCCAUUUAGCCAAGACAUGCAUGGUAUAUGAAGUUUGUUUCCUUGGUUUGGCCUAAAUGCGGUAAGGCUAAUAAUGCUAAAAGGAAAGAAAAAUUUAUAGUUACCAGAUUAGCAUUUAUUUAUUUGUUUAUUUAGACUCAUAGUCAUUUGUUGUCAAGCCACUGUUCAUUUUUCAACUAUAGGUAAUAAUGUUUCACAGGCGAAUCAUUCUCAAGACUUAUUCAACAGACCAGCAUUUAGAAGGGCUUAAUUCUGAAUGUAUAUGCAGAUGAUAUGGGAGGAUUUUAAAACGUUAAAUAUAUAUGCAUCUCAUUUACUUUGUGUCUUAAAAUGGCUUUUCCAUAUUUAAAAAGCUAUUAAU